AUGGCCUCCGACCGCCUCAGCGCCCUCCGGGCCUUCGACGACACCAAGGCCGGCGUCAAGGGCCUCGUGGACGCCGGCGCCAUCGCCAUCCCGGCCAUUUUCCACCACCCACCCGACGCCUUCGCCCCGUCCACUGUCGCCACCGACGUCGCCGUUCCAAUCGUCGACCUCUCCUGCGAGCGCUCGGCCGUGGUCGGCGCGGUGAGGGCCGCGGCGGAGACGGUGGGCUUCUUCCUGCUGGCGAACCACGGCGUGCCGGAGGCGGCCAUGUCGGGGAUGCUGGCGGCGCUGGUGUCCAACGACAGGUUCAAGAGCCCGGUGCACCGCGUGGUGUCCAAGAGCGUGGGGCCCCGGGUGUCGGUGGCGUGCUUCUUCAGGGCGAACGGCCCGACGGUGUGCGCCCCGGUGGUCGUCGACGGGAGCGGACCGCCGCGGUACAGGAGCAUCAAGGCGGAGGAGAUGCUCUGCAUGUCCAAGACACAGACACGGCUCAACAACGUGAGGCUCUAG